UGCCGCAUAUCAACCAUAGACUUUAUCUCACAUUGCUGUCACCGGCUCAUCAAGUGUUUAUUUUUUUGUCAUAGUCGUCUCCUUUUAUUAUUAUCGUUGUAUUGUUUGUUGCACAUUAUUUAUUACGUAUUGCAUGGUCGUCGCUCGUCAAGUCGUAAAAAAAAAAAAAAUCAUCAAUGUUCUGCUUCACCGCGAUUCGUGCGUGUAGACCGUGUAGUCUGUGGCCGUCAGUUAUCACGAUCGCGACCAGACGUCAAAACCUGAACACUCGAAGUUCGCCGGCCACAGCCGCGACUCAAUCGCAAGGCGGCAUUAAAAAGCGCGUUCAGCGUCGGAAGCCGGUCAUAAUUGAGGACACGGGUCAGCCACAUGGCUAUUGGUGCGUAUCGGCGUUUUCAACUGCCGAAGAGUUUCGCCUGGAACAACUUUCGGCGGCGCUGUCUAAGACGAACAUGUACGAGCCUACGUGCCUAUAUAGUGGUUCCGACGACAGUGCAGAAACUACACCGGUCGAUGUUAUCCAUGCUGUGUCCAAAUUUCACGUGACCAACGAGCCCAGGCAUUUGUAUUUUUUUCGGGAAGGCUCAGUGGUCGGAUGGAACGUGUCGGACCUCGAAGUCAGCAGUCUGAUUAACUUUGUUGCCGAACACGAGAUCGGAUCAUACAAAGACCACAUUAUCAUGGACGAAAGAGAAAGCAUGUAUUACGCAUACACAAACGACAAAAAAAGUUCGAUCCAAAAGGGAAAUGUUUAUUUGAUCGGCGAUGACGUAACGGCAUCCGACUUGGACCGGUUCACGUUCUCUAACGCGAUGGCGCACAGCGUGAAACUGGGCAUAUGGGAAGCAAUGCUCGAAGAGUACAUAGAUUCCGUCGAGGUCGUUACACAAGACCUACAAAAUGGAUUGCCCAUCCGGAUCACCAGAAAAGAAGUCAUGAAGAAAACCGGUGAACUGUUUGGACUGAGACACAGGAUCAAUUUAAGUUCCGAUCUCCUCGAUUUGCCAGAUUUUUACUGGGAACGAGAACACUUGGAAACGUUUUACCGUUCAACGUGUAACUAUUUUAGCAUAUCUACGCGGCUCAAGACAAUGAACGUUAAAAUAAACCAUUGCCUAGAACUCGUUGAGCUCUUGUCACACCAUUUGAGCGACAAACAUCACAUUAGACUGGAAUGGAUGAUCAUCGUGCUGAUCAUGGUCGAGGUUGGCUUUGAAAUCAUUCACUAUGCUCAAUUGUUCAUCAAAUGAGCUGCUUCCGUACGAGUUUCUUCUCAAUCUUUAAAAUAUUAUUAUUUUCCUCUAAGUAAUUGAAUUCUAUAGACAUUUGUCUUAAGUUAAGCAUAAUCUAAAAUCAAGUUUAAUAUUAACAUGCCUCGUGAAAUAAAUCGAUGAGUCAUAAACCAUUUGUUUUUGUACGGUGUAAACAAAAAAACCUAUUUACAGAACACAAUUAACUUCUAACCUAUAGCUGAAAUAAUUCAGCUGAUUAAUAUUAUUAUUGACAGCAAUAAUAACAGAUUGUAUUUCAAUUCGGUAUUCAUUCAAUCGAACACAACUGUUUAUUUUAUA